UCUCGAUUUUCUCACGACAAAACUAAGAAAAUCUUAAUUUCCUUUUUUUUUUUCCCGCCAUGAGUACCCGCGCGUCCUUUCAAUGUCACUUCCCGGGUUGUGGAUUAAGCUAUCGACGGAAGGAACAUCUCACCCGACAUGCGCGACGACAUUUUCAGUCGGACUCGUUUGAAUGUCCGUUUUGCGAUCGACGGUUUGCCCGGAAGUAAGUCUGUUCAGUGCACCCAAACACGGAAUGGGAAUGCGAGGCGUCGAAUCUGCGCACGGUCACAUAGAUCUCCGGUGGACGGAAAACAUGGACGGGGGAAGGAAUCGAGGCAGAUAGGAUGACCUGGAUCAUGAAUAGUGCUAAGGACACAAUAGUGAUACGCUCCGUCAACAUGUCCGCACCCAUCACGAGGAUAAACAGCUGCAACCCGGGCGCACCAGUCGAGCGUGCAAUUACUGCUGCUCGCGAAAGUCCAAAUGUGACGGAAAGGCUCCGUGCGGCGCCUGUGUGCGGCGAGGCAUUGAUUGCUCCUUGGGGGGCUCGAGUCGGGGCCGCCAAGUUCCACAACCCAGUCGCGCCGGGACUCCAACCGCCGGACUGGUAGUGGAUUCCACCAAUUUGGUCCCCAUACACAACUUGGACGCAAUGGAACACAGCCCCUCGAGAGCGUUAAUUUAUAUCCAGGUGUUCUUCGAGAAGUUUCACGCCACAUGGCCAUUUCUGCACCGCGCAACCUUCGAUCCGGACCAUGAGCCCGCUCUGCUCUUGCAAUCCGUCAUGAUGAUGGGAUUAUGGUUGACGGGGAAAGAGGAUGCCCGGAGGGCAGCGACGGAUCUGCACUCGAAACUCCUGGUGUCGAUCCAUCAACAGCGCGAUAAAUGGGAAGCCCCCAGCCAGCACAACGCAGAACCCCCCGCCCCCUGGCCCAUGGCCACAUAUCAAGGAAUCCUGCUCCAAAUCAUUUUCGCCCUCCUUCAAGGUAAUCACGGUCUGAACCUGCAGCUAACUCACGAACUCCCCACCCUCCCCUUGCAGCUCCUCAAAGCCCUCGUCCGCACCUGCCUCGAGCGCCAAAUGUUCUUCUACCCCUCGAUUGUCGCCCAGUUCACAAACACCCUGCCCGACGUGUACAUUUGGGUGGGCGUGGAGGAAGUCAAGCGCUUUGCCCUUUCACUGUACAAAGUCUGUCGAUCCUGCCAGGUCCCGGACAUCGGUGCCUCUGCGCCGGGCCGGAGUUUGCUCUCGCUCGCGAAUUUGCAAUUCGCGCCUCCCGAUAGCGAUGAACUCUGGCAUGCGAGCUCGGACUUGGCCUCGCGGCUGGCGGAGGAUCGGAGCGCGUAUGGCGAGAGGAAUUCAGACGCGCGGUGGAUUAGUCAGACGGCGAGUGUGCUACAGCCGGAUGGGGGGUUUUGUUGGUUUUGAUGUCCGGGUUCCGUUCGUUUUAAGGGAUAUCUAUGACUUAUUAGCAUCAGAUUAAGUUAGCGAGUUGUCU